AUGAAUGGCGCUAAAGAGGGCGAGACAUCCGGCGCUCACGAGGUGCUGGUGGUGGCGGCGGUCAUGGUGCCCGUCGGGUGGCAGCGCAAGGUGGAGUCGCACGCCGUCACCUACACCAGUCCCGGAGGCAGCGUGCUGUGCUCCAUGGAGGAGGUGAAGAGUUACCUGCUCGCCGACGGCACCUGCAAGUGUGGCCUGGAGUGUCCCCUUGUACUACACAAGGUGUUCAACUUUGAGCGCGGAGCUGCGGUGCGGCCGCGUUCGGCGGAGGACGUGAAGGCGGACGCCGACAUGACCAAGCUGUGCAACCACAAGCGGAAGAUAAUCGCCAUGGCAACGCUCCACAAGAGCAUGGAGACGGGAGGGCACCACCACCGCCACCACCAUCACCGCACCACGACCGCCACCGCCAUGGUGCUCUCCUCUGCUGGCGAGGGCGGCGUGCGUCCCGCGCCACGCGGCGGCGGCAGCACCGGGCCUGGCGGCCGCUCCGGCCGGCCCAAGCCGGGCGCCGAGCUGCUCUUCCCCUCAUGCCUCUCGGCGCGCGCCAACUCCUUCCUGUCGCGGCUGCGCGCCGGCCACGGCGCCAACGCCGCGCGGCCGUGCGAGGCGGCGCCCGAGCCGCCCGUGCCCGCCGGCGCCCGGCCUCGGCUCGGCAGCUCCGAGUGGUCUCUCGGCGGCACGCCGGAGCCCCGGGACGCCUGCGCCGGCGGCGCCGGCCCCGGUUCCUCCGGGGGGCGCCAGCGAGCGGGGAGCGGCGAGCGUGGCCAGCGGUCUCCGUACUACGGCAGCCAAGGCAGCCUCAGCAGCGCCGCCUCCUCCAGCAGCUCGUGCUUCUUCGGCGAAGGCGCCACCUCGCCCUGCGCCGAGUCGGUCGGCAGCCCCGACGCCUACGGCAGCCGUCCUGUUGGCGGCACCGAGAAAGACCCGCUCGGCAUCUUGGAUCCCAUCCCGGCGCGGCCCGCCAAUCUCGGCGGCGGCGCCGCUACGAGCGGCGGCGCCAGCGGACAGUUCGUGAACCCCACGGCGUUUGCGCUGCCCUCGCCGCUCAACGCCACGCCGGUGGUCGUGCCCACGGCGGCGGCGCGGGAGGAGGAGGCGGUGGCGCCGGAUCGGGGGGGCGGUCACGGCAACCAUCUCUUGGCACGGGCGGCGGCGGCGGCGGCGGUGGCGGCGGCGUCGUCGAUGACGAUGCCGACAUCCACGUCUCAGCACCUUCACCACCACCAGCAGCAGCACCACGUGGGCUCUCCGGACGGUUACCACGGCGCGGGGCCCGCGGGUUGCCGUGCCGACGCCUCGCCUCAGAGGCCGCGCUCCGGCUCGGGGUGCGUCGAGGGCGCCGGCGGUGCCGGCGGGGCGCGGGGUCCGGCGGCCCGGUCGCCCCGGCUGAGCGGGGACGCUGGCUACAAGGAGCUGGCGCCGUCCAUUCUCAUCGGUCUGCCUGGCGCGGCGGCGGCGGCGGCGGCGGCGUCGCACUCGUACGCCAGCAACCACCACCAGCAGCACCAGCAGCACCAGCAGCAGCAGGGAAAACAACAGCCGGGCCUCCUGGGCACACCGCUGUGCCAGGUGCUGAGUCAACAGAACCCGACCUCCUACCCGGCCAGCAGCCUCCUGUCGGCCGCCGCCAAGGCCCAGCUCGCCAACCAGGGCAAGCAGCCCGGCGGCACCGACCUCCCGAGCAAGCGCGGCGUCUUCCAGGGUGCCGGCAGCGUGCUGCUACCCGGCGGGGACGGCGCCGGCAGCCCCGUCGGCGCGGCGCCGUCCCUGCGCGACCGGCUGAGCGGGGGUCACCACCGGCGCCACCGUGCGCCGCCGUCGUCGGGCCCCACCGCCGCCGACGUGCUGAGCAUGCUCCGCCAGCAGGUGCCGCAGCAGCAGCAGUCGGCGCAGCAGCUGGUGCACCAACAGCAUCAGCAGCCGGCGCCGUCCGACGGGAGGGCCGGCUCGCCGAAAGGCCCGCCGCAGGUGCUGUGGCGCGGCGGGCUGCUUGGGAGCCACCCCAUGUCGCAGCUGCUGCAGAGCAUGAGCUCGCAGCAGGCGGGCGCCGGUGGCGCGAGGGCGGCGGGCAACCAGCUGGCUCCGGCGGCGGCGCCCGAGGUCGCCUCCCCGGACGACGCCGGCACCGCCGCUGCCGCGAAGGGUCACGCCUGGGACUUAGACGGUGCCGUCGCCGCCGGGAUGAGUGUGGACGAAUGCGGCGCCGGCAACGGGGUCGUUGAUGGCGCCGGCGGCGCCGUGGCGACCGCGCGGUUGAAGGGGGGGGCGAGCUCGCCCGGCCGAGCGCAGGAGCGUUCUGUGGGCGCGAGCGGCGAGAACGCCAGGACUCGCGGGCACGAGCGGAAGGACCCCGAGGAAGAGGUGGGGCUGGAUCUGUCCCUGCCGGAGUCGGGCGCCGGCGAGAGGGAGGCGACCCCCGUGGACCGGCUCCCAACGCCGUCGCCAGCGCCGGACGGAACGGGAGAAUCCGCGGCGAGUUUGGCUGCGCCGUCGCCCGUCCUGCCCGCCGGGGGGACCGGGAGCGCCGGCAGCGAGGGCGUGGCGCAAGCGGAGGCGCCGGAUUGCGCCGAGGCCCGGCGGGACACGACCGUCGCCGGUGCGGAGGAGCAGCCCGGCGCGGACGGGACGACGCAAGCGUCGACGGAGCAACCGCUAGAAGAGUCCGGCGAAGACGGCGCCGCCGCCGCCAUCGCCGAGGACCCGAGCGCCGCCUCCCCCAAGCCGCCGUCCGGCAGCUCCCAGGAUGCGCUGGCGCCCGCUCUGUCCCUGCCCGGCUCCUUCCCUUUACUCGCCCAGGAGCAGCUGGCGCUGCUGAGCCAGUCGACUCUGCCGGCGCUCGGCGGGCCGGCCGGGCUGCUCGCCGCCCUGCAGCUGCCCCCGCUGCCCUUCCCGGGGCUGCUGCCGCCCGGCGGCGCCGGCGCCGGCCUCGCCGAGAGCCUCGGGCUGCUGUCGGCGCCGGCGGCGUUCUCCCUGCCGCCGCUGCCCGCCGGCGCCGACGCGGAGUCGCAAGCGGUGCAGCAGCUGCUCUUGCAGCUGGCGCUCACGGCGCAGCAGCACCAGCAGCAGCAGCAGCAGCUGGCGGCGCUGGUGGCGGCGCAGGGGCUCGGCGCUAUGCUGCUGAACCUGCCGUUCCCGGACGCGGGGGCGCCGUCGCCGCUCGGCGAGCACCCGGCGAGCCUGGCGAGCGCCAUCGCCGACACCACCUUCCUCGCCAAUCUCACCGCCGCCGCGUCCAUGGAGGCGGCGGCGGCGGCCGGCAACUCGCUGCUGCUGUCGUUGCCGGCGCUCAUGACGCUGGGGCCGCAGCUCGCGGCGGGGCUGCUCAACCCGCUGUGCGGCGCCGGCGAAGCGCUACCUCGGGAAGAAGCAGAGGCGCCGCCGGCGCGGCCUGCCGAUGACGUUCCGGCGCUGGCGCCUUCGCCGCGGUUGGAACUUGCCGAGACGUCGGCUUCGGAGGAGGACGCCGCCGCCGGCGCGGCGCCUGCGGGGCCCGCGCCGGCGCCGCACGACGGCCAACGGCGGCAGUCGGUCGUUUCCACGCCGGCGCAGCAGCAGAACGAGCGAGGCGCCGGCAAGUUUGCGGCGCCGCACCUCGCCGCAGCCGUCUGUUCUUUGCCGGCGACGGGGGGCGCCGGCGAGGGGCCGGCGGAGGCGCCGCCGGGAGCCGUGCCGUCGGCUGUUGGGGUCGGCGAGGGGCUGCUGCCGCCGCCGACGCCGAGCGGGAGAGCGGCCGCGGUGGCGCUGGGCGGUGGCGCCGGCGCAGAGAAGCUUCCGGCGUCGCUCGUGCCCCAUCUGCUGAGCCCCCUGCUCACAUCAAGCCUCCUCGCUGAGCUCCCAGCUCUGGCGAGCGCCGCUCUCUCGCAAGACCUGACGGCGCCGCUGCUGCCGGGCUCCAUGCUGCUCCCCACAUGCCUCCUCAACCUGGUCGGCGUGGGCCGAGCCGCGGAGGGGGCGACCGCGGACGGCGCCGCCGCUCGCGACCGUCCGGACCCCGCGCCGGCGGCCCCUCCGCCGCCCGGCCCGACGCGGCCCCAACCGGACCGGGACGCCGGGGCCGAGGGCGGCGGGCCCACCGCCCCCGCGCCGUCGCCGUUGGGCAACGCCGCCGGCGCCGACCGGUCGCCGUCGCCGGCGCCGGGCUCCACGCCGGCGCGAGCGUCGUCCCCUGCUGCCGCUGCCUCGGACCGCGAGUCUCCUCCCGUCCCGAGCGCCGGCGCCUCCGAGUCUGUCGUGACGUCGCCGGCGGCUGCACCGGAGACUGACGACGGCGCCCCCCCAGGGUUUGGCACGGACACGGCGGCCGAGUCGUGCGAGUUCCGGGAAUUGGCGCGGGCGGGAGACGCGCCGGAGGAACGCGGGAUACCGAGCCGCUCGCCGGAGCGGCCGGCGCCGACGCCUGCCGGAGCGGGCGUCGGCACCGGCGCCGGGGAAGAAGCGCCGCGGGAGACGUCGCAACCGGCGGACGCCGACUCCGACGUGACUUUACCCCGGCGUGGCGCUGACGAGACGGACCAGAGAGGCGGCGGUACCUGCGAAGGAGCCGGCGCCUCGCCGAGAGAACCUGACGAGCGUUGGCGGAGUCGCGACGGCGCCGCGGAGCCGUUGCGCGAGGCCGCGGCCGCUCCUUCCCCGGCCGGGACUCCGUCGCUGCCGCAAUCGCCGCCGGCGCUCGCCCUGCCGACGCCGCCGCCCUGCGAGGCCGCCGCCGGCGGAGAGGAAACCGUCGCUCCGUCGCCACGAGCGGUGGCGGCGGCGCCAUCUGCCGACGAAAACCCGGCAAGCUGGCGCGACCCGCGAGGCGUGGAGGAGCGGAGCGCGUCGACGGCGGAGACCGGCCGCCCCUCCCCUCCGCCUCCCGCCAGCCCGCCGCCGUCCGGGGGGACGGCGGAUGCGACGGCGCCGACCCCGCCGCUUCCGACGCCGCCCGAACCGCCCGAGGCGUCCGCGGCGUGCGAGGCCGACGACGCGGAGGAGGCGCCGGACGCGGCGGCGCCGCCGGAUGAGGCGCCGGCGUUCCCGUGCAACGGCGAGCGCCCGGAGCCGGUGAACGGGUGCUCGCCGAGCCCCUCGGACACGCGCAGCCUCAGCGAGGACGAGGACGAGGACGGCGGCCGGGCGCCGGGAUCCCCGGCGCCCGCCGACGGCGCCGGGGGCGGCGACGCGGACGGCGAGGCCGGCGAGGUGCACGACGCUCGCUACGGGCCCCGCACGUUCAACCUGGGCGACUUGGUGUGGGGCCAGAUCAAGGGCUUCCCGUCGUGGCCCGGCAAGCUGGUGCGGCACGACGAGGUGCGCAGCGCCCACCCCACGCGCUCCGAGGACGGCAAGGUGUGGGUCAUGUGGUUCGGAGACCACAGCUUCACACAGGUGGAGCCCGAGAAGUUGAAGACUCUGUCCGAGGGGCUGGAGGCGCACCACCGCGCACGCAAGCGCUACCGCAAGAGCCGGAAGCUGAACAGCAGCCUUGAGGCUGCCAUCCAGGAAGCCAUGACGGAACUGGACAAGAUGACAGAGGCUGCGGACGAGCAGCCGAAGGGGCGCUCGGACAAGACCCCCAAGGGAGCCAAGCGGCGGAAGAUAUCCAGAUGACCCUCGUCCACCAAGACCCGCCGAUCUCCGACCCCCUUGACCCGAGGGCACACCACACUACUUGAGCUUUUGACAUUCCGUUCCGCGGGGGGCGCGAACUCCGGCUCCUCCGGCCCCCUCUCGCGCAGCGGGCGUUGAGCAGAUGCGGGAGGCGACCUUCAGAAACGACCGCCCUUCCAACCCGGCCCGUUCACUUCGACGAUGUGUGACGCAUUCCCCUUCGUGCGACGGCACCAGGAUACGACGCCGAGGUCGCUUUGUCUGGUCGUGCCGUCGGUCGGGAAAGGCCGACCGCCGCCUUCUCGGCAGCCACAGCAAAAACGGUGGACACGAUAAGCCACGCCGGUCCUGCUGGGUGCGAUCCCCGGCCUCGGUUCGACCGGCACCGCGCUGCCGCCCACCCUCUCCUCUGAUUGGCGCCGCACACGAACCGCUCACCCCCCCCCGACCACGCAGUAAGAAGCCGCAUGGCGGUUGUGACGGUUACGAGGGCGCGGGGGGAGAGGAUCUUCCCCGAUGUUUUUUUUUUCUUCACGGUUGUACCCGAGGAACGCUGCCCAGCACGUGGAUGGCGUCACAACGUCGGACAGACGGCCGGACAAUAGCACCACGGGAAGCGCACGGAGAGCCGUUGCAGCAGCAGCAGCAGCACAACCGCCAGACGGCAACAACAACAACAAAACCUACGUGGUCGAGAGGACCCUUGGUGGAGAGAGGGAAUGUUAUUUUGGGGGCAUUUCCUGAUGGAGGAAGGGGGGGGGGGUGACGGUGACGGGCUCCCCUGUUUUUGUUUUGGAGCGUCAACGGUCAACUCCGUUGAACUCGCGAACCUUCCCCUGACCUGCCCUACCUCCCUCCCCAAUCGCAGCGCUGUAGUUGAGUAAGGGCUCGUGGAGAAAUGGGUUUUCUGUGAUUGCGCGGAUGCAAGGAGGUGCUGUAUGGGAUGUGUCGUCCGCGCGUUCUUACACUGGCGGACGUGAGGUUUUUGCACACAGUGCACCGCGGACUCCGCUUCAAGCCUGCUGCAGAGAGGGCGAAAGAGGAGAGCGAGUGAUUCGGUGAGAUUAACCCCCGCUGUAUAAACGGUGUACACAUUUGUUAUGAUACUGCUGUAUUAUUACGAUGGCCGAUUUUUAUUUUUUUGUAGACGAGAAAGCGUCGGGACUCGCCAAGCGGACGGAGUGCGUUCGUUUGCCCGCCCGCGAAUUUUUGUUUGUUUUUGGGAGCGAUUUUUUUUGUUUCUUUUGUUUGAUGGCGUAGAUCGCACGGCGGCGAGCGAACAACAACUAACUAACGACGUGUGUUUCAUUUGCUUCACAAAUUAAGUCGGUCUGCGCGCACUCUCUAAAGUGGCCGGUCUGCAUAGGUGCUAACGGACGUGGGGGGGGGGGGGUUUCCAGGGGUUGACAAUAAUUUCCUGCUCCAGAUUUGUUUUUCACGCCGGUGGGGCGACCGGGGGCGGUGGGAUGAGAAAGCGGAUCUGCUUUUACGGUUACCAGCGCGGUCGGUCGCAUUCGACCCAACCGGGCGUUCUGCGGAUGCCCCCGAUUUUACUAUUUACCCCCCCACCCCGAGUCUCCGGUUGUGGAGCGGUGAGGUGGGGGGCAGGUGAUACGCGUGGCGCGAUACGACGAUGUGCUCGUGAGAUGGCCCCAUCAGCCCCCCAGGGGUAUUGCCUCCUGCGUCGAUGGCUGACGGCAGCGCAGCAAGUAUGUACGUACUCAUUUAGACCGAUCUUCACGACGGGGAUUAAGCGUUCUCUCUCUCCCCUCUCGUCGUACGCGCGGGGGGCUUCGUCCACAGGGGACUAGUUCGUUUCGAGGAACUACUUCUUUGGGCAAAAAUCUAGACGCCACAUUUUCAAACUUCUUCAAAACCUUUGGCGAUUUUUUUAUUCCAGAAUCCUCCAUAGAUUCCUCCUCCUCCUCCUCUCUCUCCUUAAGACUUGGCCACGUGUGAAAAAAAAAUUCUAAAACACACAAAGCAGUUUCUUUUCUCCUCCUAUAUUUAAAAGUUUUUCAUUUCUCCUUGUAAUUAUUUUCGUUGGCUGGACACGGACGGGCUUGCGGAGGUAACGGGUCAAUCCCAGCCGUCGCCUGGCCAGCCCCAAGCGCUCGCUGUUUUUUGCGCCAAAUUUAAAAACCACCGACCCACCCACCCAUCUUUUUCUAAGAAGAGACCCAACGUUUGUCAAUGUUGGUUACUGGGACACGGCCGGGGAUGGGGGGUGGGGGCAGGUCUCUUAGGAUGAUUAUUCCAUAACCUUCCCCGCACACCUUUUCUCUGCGUGUGCGAGGUGGUGGAGUUCCACGGUACUUUGGGGGUCUCGCCGACUGUGCGGAUUGCGCAGAGACACGGUUAUCGGUGAACGGUGAGGGUGGAAGACGCGGCCCCCUCACCCCAACCCCCCCGCGUCUCAUGAAGUGUAUAUAUGGCGAUUCGCAGAUUUUUAACGGUAUAAUUGUAACGUGUUUUAUUUUUUGAUGUAACAGAUUUGGAAUUAAAAAAAAGUAUAAUUUUA